AUGUCGACAACGAACGAUAAGCCCACCAUCAAUGAAAAGUGUCCCAAGACAAGGAUCAUAGCCACGGACAUAGCGCCUGAUAUGCUUGCACAAGUCGACGCUCUUCACCUCCCUGAUGUAACGACCAAACGAGUCGAUGGCGCGACGUUAGAGGGUCUCGGGGUUGGCGAGUUCUCGCACGCCCUAAGCAGCUUCGCGAUAAGUUUCAUCCCUGAGCCGAGAGUGCUGCGAAAAGAAGAAGCGACUGAUAGAGUCGCAAUUGCCGUGAGGAGUCUCUACCGCGUGGUCAAACCGGGCGGCAUGGUCGGCAUAGCCACCUGGAGCGCCAGGAUCGACUGGGGUCUAGCUAUCGGAACGGUGGCGAAACGACUGAAACCAGAUUACGCCUUCCACAUCCCCGAAUCCGCCUCCACCUGGCGGACCGAAGUAGAACACAAUGCUGUCCUACAGGCUGUAGGAUUGAAGGCCGUCCAGACCGAGACGGUGAGAAUGCCGCUUGCGGUUGCCGAUGCGCAGGGAGUGGUAGACUACGCCUUCCGAGGCGGCAAGCCCCGUGAUGAAGAAGAUGGUGGCGGAUUGGAAGGGGCAGGGCAGGGCGGGAGUGAGGGGGAGCUUGAGGCCGAGUAUGCGAGGGUGGUUGGGGAAGAUUUUCCCGACGGUGUGGGGCGUCAAGUAGGUAGAUUCGGUGCGGAACGCUGGGGCUGGCAAUGCGACCCAGCUCCGAAUGGGUGGCGAGUCGCGUUGUGCCCAUGUCGGUCAGGUGAGCAGGCGAUCUUGCUGGCGCGAGAUGUGGAGAUGGUGGAACGGUAG